CUCUCUGUUUGAUGCGACAGCCUCGGGACUGAACAGCAUCCGACUAUAUUUUCCUAUGUACACUCUCCCUCCUCGCACUGAAUAAAUAUGUAGAGCCUUUGAGUUGGGCCGCUUUAUGGCCGGGUGGUUGCUUAAGCUCAAUGAAGCAGGCCUUGGCUAUCACGAUGAUGGCUAAUGUCUCACUCGGACCAGACUCUCCGGACCGAGUAACCGCUGCACUUCAUUUUUUAUAUUGCACAUUCGUUGCGCAGCAAGGGGAUGGGACCAAUGUGACCUCCCAGGUGUCAAGCACGAGACACGUAACUAGGAGGCGAGGACCUAAAUAUUUUGAGCCAUCUCAUUACCAAGGCACUGAAUAAGAUAACUUGAAGUGGAGUUUAGAUACGGUAC